AUGACAGGUUCUGGGCAACGAAUUGGGCCCUUAGGCGUGUUUCCACGGCGUGUAACUCUUCUCCAACUAUUGAUCUGCUCUUUCAAGCCAAAUACUAAAGUCGUAGCAGCACCCGUAUUGAGCUCCGUACAAGUGCACCUCACAACAAAGUCGGGUAAGACGACUUUACUUCGCGGCCCCUCUCCGAGCAUAUAUCGACAGGAGCCUAGCCAUGAAGUUGACCUGGCAUGGGAUAGGAUAGGGGAUACCCGUCUUAUACCACUGACCCGUGCCGAAGUGGAGGCCAUUGGGAAAGAUCCACGGGAUGCCGUGAAAUUUCCGGAGAGCUUUGGACUUGGCCCCGAUGCGUACGCUGGACGGCUUGAGGUGUUCCACCAGGUCCAUUGCCUUGACGCGCUGCGUCGCGAGGCCUAUUUUGAGCAUUACUACGGCUCGGUUUAUGGCGGCUACAACGAGACCAGCGAAAUGCACCGACUUCAUCUGAGCCAUUGCAUUGAGUACCUUCUGCAAGGCAUUCUUUGCCAGGCUAAUACCGAUGUUUACACUCAUAUAUGGACCGAUGGGGUUGAUCGUCCGUUCCCUGACUUUAGUGUGAACCACCAAUGUCGGGACUACGACGCCAUCAAAUCGUGGCAUGAUCAGAACGCAGUUGACGUCGACAACUUUGUAGAACUGAGAGCACCACCUGACGCCAAAGUCCAUCGGAUGUCAAGGGAAUUCAAAGACUUGCAUGGCUGGUUCGAGACACAUGAAGAUACUGGUUCAUAUGGCGACGAAAUUGCAUAA